CUCAAUUGAAAAUGAGCUCAAGAAAGAAUAAGCCGAAACAUUCUGGAUCAACGAUCGACACAUUUUUUCAACGCCCGGGCUCUACGACAGUUGAAACGCAUACCACGCAAAAUGAACAAACUGAUCAAGACAAACAAGUAAAUCCAAGCGCCGAUGAAAGUAAUGCCGUUCAAAAUUCCAACGAAAAAUCAAUGCCACAUGAUGAAUCUGAAAGUGUUUCAAUUGAUAAACCUGAUGAAGCAACUGGAUCCGGUGCAAAUACUGCUGAUAUUGCCGCACACAGUGUUGCGGAUAAUGCUACCGAAAAUGCAUUAUCAUUUGAAGAACAAUCCAGAAGGCAUUUAGAGUAUUUCAGCGUUACUACGAAUGGAAAGAAAGAUCGUAACGUUCGAUGCAAAACGUGUGUAGCACAUCCGACAACGGUUAAUCUUUUCUCUAAAAAUAAUAAACCAGCACCAAUUACUACAACCGAAGGAACGGGAUAUCGUAAAGAGACAGUUACAAAUCAUUUGGCAUCGGUAUCUCACAUUGAAUGCACAAAGGCUCAACUUUUGUUAUCGGUUACAAGCGGUCAAAGACAAGGUGCUAUGGAUUUUCACAUAACUCAAGCAAAUGAAUUAAUGGCCAAUCGCAUUGGAAAGCUGAGCAAUUUUUGUAGCAAGCAUUUGGAAUUACUACAAAAAUCACUUGACAGUUUGAAAGGUGAACCACUCUUAGGUGGGUGGGAAGGUGCUUUGGAGAAUGAAAUUGUCGUGAAUGAAGACGAGAAACACUAUCUCAAAGAAGUUGAACUUCAGUAG